AUGGAUUUGGCUUGUCACAAGCUUAGUGAAGAAUACAGCGAGAACUUUAACAUGUUUCGGUGGAUUCUGUUCAAUAGUGCAACUGAAGUGAACGAUGACCUUGAACUUCCAAGUGCACUCAUCAACUACGAUGUGUUCCACAUCACAACAGCAUUGGACCGUUACGAAAUUAGCAAAAUACUCAAACAUUCCCCUUCAAGUCCACUGAUCGAAGAAUCUUACGGCUACUGGCAGUCGGAAAACACGCCUCACCUUCGACUGAACGCCUCAUCCGAAACUGAACGUUGGAACCUUCACGGAACGCCCCUGAAAGCAUCGAUCGUAUGCGGUCCCGGCGACGACACCACCGCCACCAAGGUCAACAAAGCCCUGACAAUCGCCCUAGCCUCUCUCCUGAACGCCUCGAUCACUUUCCACUGCGCCAAAGACUGGGAAACCGGAUUGAUCGGCGAUCUUCGCGCAGGUUCAACUGAUCUUGGUGCCACGCCCAGCUUCAUGACUCCGGAUCGUAUCAAAUCGAUCCAGUUCCUCGCCAUGACCGGACCACUGAACCACAGAUACAUCUUCCGUUCGCCGAAACUCUCCUACACGGAUAACGUUUUCAUUGCUUCGUUUCACAGCCACGUCUGGCUGUCGAUUGUGGGAAUUAUUCUCCUAGCAACGGUACUUCAGUUGAUCAUAACACGAUUUGGUCAAUGUUCAGAAACGAACCGGGCGUCGGAAGCCGCGAAACGGGAAGGUGCCAGCGGGGCACUGUUGAGCAUGAUCAGCAUUGCCAGUCAGCAGGAGGCCCUGCUCAGUUUGCGUUCGGUAUCGUCCCGAACGAUGACCGUCGUCAUGUUGAUCAGCUUGAUGUUCCUGUACAUUAGCUUUUCGGCCAGUAUUGUCGUGUUGAUUCAGUCCCCGUCGACUCGGGUUAGGACGCUCGGUGAUCUAGUGCGGUCGGGAUUCGAGCUGACGGCGCAGGACAGCGCGAUCGAGAGGAAUUUCUUGGCGAAUGCUUCCACCUACAUGCAGUUCAAGAGUUUCAGUGGUGGGUUCAUAGGGAUAUCGGAGGGAACCGAAAGAAUACGCCGAGGCCUGAACGCUUUCCACGGGGACACAAAUCUGAUCUACCGCUACAUGGUCGACCACUACCGGGAGGAUGAAAAGUGCAACCUGCAAGCCAUCAAUCUGCUACAUCCCCUGCUGCUGAACGGUUACUACACUGUUGCUAAGGAUUCUCCUUUUAAAGAACACGUGAAAUUUGGAUUGCUGAAACUGCGUGAACUCGGAUUCCAACAGCGGCAAAUCGCAAUCCACUACCAGCGGAAGCCACCUUGCAUCGGAGAAAGCGUGUUCGCACCGGUUUCGAUGAUCGAUGCCAUUUUCAGCCUGCAACUGAUGGGUUGGGCAAUGGUGAUUACGAUCAUUAUUUUUGCCCUGGAGAUCGCCCUAAAACGGUACAAUAAUAUUAUGCAGACGGUGCGAGCUCGGUGCGCACGGAAAACCCAUGGUAAGGUGCCACCGAAAUUUAAACAUAACUAA